AGAUGACAAAAGCUGUGUAUAAAUAUAUCAGCUGCUGAUUUAAAAUGCAGCGUAAAGUUUCUCUGUUUAUUGUAGAGAAUACAGGGAAACAACUGAUGGAGGACUGGAAAAAAGUGAUUGAGUACACUGGAAGCUCCUAUGAAGGGAAAUGUCUGGGGAACAAAGAUCACUGUCAAUAACAAUCUUCUGUUAAUCUUAUCUGUUACAAGAAACACAGAAAAUUGAGCACUCCAUUCCAAUCCUAUAGAUACUGAUCUAUGUAUGUUACGUGUAUGCAAAUUUGUCUUUACUUAUGAGUAUCCCUUUAUGCAUUUACAAGAGAUAUUGCAAAACGCUGGGAGAGAUGAAUUGCUAAUGAGCUCACAUAAACCCUCCAAUGAGAUCUGGGUCUAAUCACAAGAUCUUCAAUAUGUCUGCUACCGUCUUCACUGACUCACCAGUAAGACUGAUAAAGGAUUUGUAAAAUAGUCAACAAAUGAAUACAUUGCUAAACAGUCACCGAAGGUUAUCAAUCAUGAAGGUUAUCAACAAUCGAGUAUCAUUCAGUUCUGAGCCUACUGUACAUCUAAAAAGAAAAUAUUUUCCAUGAAUGGUACCUUCAAGACCACAGGGCUGCUACAUGUGAAAAUACACCUAAUUGUUAUGUUAUCUAUACAAAUUGUUAAAUACUGUGCAUGUUUACAUGUGGUGUAGCUCCUGCUGAUGACAACACCCUGUCAUGGAAUGGGCCCACCUGCUCCACACCACCUGGGAGGCAAGAGCAGAAGUUGCCACAGCACUGCUUCAUCAGUGAAUAGUCAGUUGCUCUGCUGGAGCUGGCAGAUGGGUGUAAAAGCACUAAUCUCCUUGGUUCUUCCAUAAAGCCCAGCAUCCAGAUCUGCUACGGGUUGUCAUUUACUCUAUCUUGCCCAGGACAGUGGUCCCACUAGUUCUGGAGUCCACACAUCUGGUUCAUAUCCCUCUGAUCUGGCUAUAAGGGGAUUAUGAGAGACCAUGCUGAAACCUUGCUAAAGUGAAGGUAAACCACCGCUACCACUCUGCCCUUCAUCCACUGAAAUAGUCUUCCAAUUAUCUCGCGAUAGAAAGCAAUAAGCUUGACCGGGCAUAAUUGGUAAAUCUAUGCUGGCUUUUUCUAAUCACCUUUUAUUCUUCACAUGCCUGAUAACGGAUUCCAGAAGGAUAUGUCCCUUAAUCAUCACACGGUUUGAAGUGUGGUUGAUCAUCCUUCAGCUCCCUGGGCCAUCAUUGCCCUUCUCAAGGAUAAGCAUGACAUUUGGCUUUUUCCAGUCACCAAGGACUCUUCCUGAUUGCCAUGACCUAUCCAUGCUCAGCUCAACAACCGUUCCUACCUCUCUCCAUUAAGACCAGGAGCAUUUUGCUUAAUAUUAGUCUCCAUUUGAGAGACUAAGAUUAAGGCAGUUGCCUUUCCUGCCCAAGACAUUUGGCUGCCCCUCCUUCUUUUUAACCAGUUCCACGCUGUCUGUCCUUGAUCACCUCAUUGCUUUAGAGACUGAGCAAAUAUGACCUUCAGAGGGACACGCAGCAGAACGGGAUUAUUCAAGGACUCUUCUGGUGUGGAUGAGAACAGAGUUGGCAGUUAAAUUUCAGGUCUGCUUGAGAACACGUGCAUCUUUUAUAUAUGUAGGUAUGCCUGUGUGUGAGUAUAUGCCUGCAAGUAUUGGCCAAUGGAACAGGAACAGAUGGUAGAAGAGGUUGGUUGAAGGAGGGAUAAGUUCUUUCACCUGGCUAUUGGCAUCCCAGGGCAGCAGUUCCCAAGAUGCUCUGCUUGGGAACCUCCAGGGCUAUGGCUCCUCUCUCAUUUCCAUAGCCAGGCUCACAGCCCUGCAUUUGGGAGCUCUUCUGGUGGCUCCAGGUGACUUUAUCCAGCCAGGAUCAACCCAGAUGCGUCGCUGGUUGUGCAAUGCAGGAGGCUGGACUUGCCACGGAGCUUCUGUCUUAUGGGUUUCAUCAAAGCAAACAGAAGCAGCUACCUCGACUUCGAGGAGCCGAUCUGAGGACACGUGGUAAACUGCUGGAGAGAAGCGGGAGAUCAGAGAAGAAAUGCUGCCAGCAGCUCGCCCCCAUGCUGGGAGGUGUUCAUGCAUAGAAAAUCAUCCAGAAGAAAUGAUAGCAGUAACCAUGACAAUGUCAGUAGCACGGCACUAGCAGGGCUUCCUCAGGGAUUAACACGUUUCCGUACCAAGAGUCCCUUUUUCUGAUGUGUGCUGUUGAUUCAGCGGUAGUCCAUGUUUGUUUUAUCUUCCUCAAAGCAGAGCUACCUGAAAAAUUGCUUUCUCUGCAAGCUGCUCAGGCAGGACUACCUGUAAAAUGAAAAUAUUUUUAGAGAAAGUCUGUCCCAGCACAUGUGCUUGCAGAGCACUUUGCACCACAGUCCCACCCUAAUCCCCCUCCCCUGGAUGUCCCCAUCAUAGCCAGGAACCGCUGUUGACUAAAACCAAAGUUGUCUCAUUUCACUGAGCGCAUUGCUAUUUUCUAAGGUGUGACUCAGAGCCUUUCGGUUAGGUGUCAGCGUGUGGCAUUUGCUAGAAAUAAAAUCAACAUUAAUUAAUUCUGCUUUUUUUUUUAAACAUAGGUUUUUGUCUUUUCUUGCUCCAGAUCCCGAGUGAGGCGCACGCAGAGCAGAGUGAGCUCAGAGAGAUUGGUCCUGGCUGUGCAUGAAGACCUGCUUCUCAAAGCAAGGGCUUCAGGGAGGGGUCGGUCCCUAACAAGCAUGAUCUUGGUGGAAGAAAAGGAAAGGCAAAUUGUGGGCACUAAGCAGCCUGACAGGCUGGCAGGCCUUCCGCACUGCCUACUCACUGCUUAGCCUCUCAUGCCCGUAUCAGCCAAGGGAAUUAUUAUUAUCAUUAUUUUGUAGAGCUCAUCUUUACUUUUCUUCUGUCUGGGUCCACAAAGACCGAGCUGCAUCAAUGUUUACGCCUAGAAAUCACUACAGUGCUCCUUUACGAUAUAUGAAAUUGCAGUAAUAAGCACAAAGAAUAGUACUCGGCAUCUGACAGGAUGACUGAUGUAAGCUGUCAGCCAAUAUUUGACUUUCCAGGUGAGAUUAGAUUUAGCAUUUAAUUUAAUAUAAAGCGUGCAGUACAAGGCACUUAUUUAACAGACAAUUGCUCACAGGCUUGUGCAGCCUAGGGGCUACUUAAAGUUUAAGAUAUCUCUGCUCCUUUUGAGAGUAUCAUCAUAUUAUCCAGUGGAGUUUUAAAAUCCUGAUUGUUGCUGUGAAUUUCAUUAGAGAAGGACACAGGAAAGGUAAGUUUCUGUUGGUAAUUCUUUAUUUCCUACUGAAAAAAGCAUAGUAAUUUUUGUUCUGAAUCAAAGAAAAAGCAGAGAGAUUUUGCACCCAAAAAAGAAGUUUCAAGACAAUUUGUAUUUGGCUUUUCUAACAGCUUGCUUACUUUCAUUAGAUCACCUUUAUCCCUAUGCUUGAGUGUGUGUGCGUGGAUAAAUGCACAUGUACCUGUGUCCUGCUGUGUGUGCGUGCCUGUUCUGUGCGUGCUGAUCUUGCAAGUCUAGUCCAACAAGCAGAGGAAGGUACACUGCUGAACUCCAGUUCCAAAGGCACCGCAAUUUCUUACCAGUGAUGAAAAUCCACCACCCCUUACCAUAGGCUGCAGAAAGCUCAUCAUUGCUUGAAGACCGCACGGAAAUCGAGUGGCUUUUUGUGGAAGGUUUGCCACAUGUUGUAGGGCUUGGUUGGCCUGAAGCAUUGAAGGACAGGUGUUCUACAGGAGCAUCAGACUGAAAUGCUGUUACCAGAACCUUUGCUUUUUGCAGGCUAGGGGGCUGCAAGCCAGUCACACCCUCCUCUUUAUGUAGGAAAGACAGAAAAAGGCUUUUCUCAGAGCUUCUUGAGAGCUGCUGCCUCAGUAGGGUAGGCAGUGUGCCUCAAAGCCUGGAAUGCAGGUCAUGGGGGCCCACGCUCACUAGAUUUCACCAAAGAGUAUUUGGCUUCCCACAGACCAAAAGCGACCCGAGUGAGGAGAGGAAUAAGACCUCCUUGAGUCUCUGAACACAUCGAACCACUCGGAGACGGGGAUUCUCAGCUGAUAUAAAAUUGGGACUCCAUUUUCACUGGCAAGUGGCAGGUGUUACUAUUUAGUUGUUAUAAUGCAGACAAAAGAAACCAAUGUAACUGUUUUAGUAGAGAUAUUUGAUUAAAAUAAGUAUCAUGUUGUCUUUAGUAGCCGUAACUUGCAAGGAUGGCCGAAAUGCGAAACUUCACUUGGGCAGUUGAAGAUAUUUUCAAGGAAACCUUCCUCACUUACAUGAACAGCUGGAGGAAAAACAUGACGGAAUCAGCGAAUAAAUUGCAAGCCAAGGUUGAUGCUGAAAACUUUGACUACGUUAUCCUUUAUUUGAUGGUGAUGAUUGGGAUGUUCUCCUUCAUUAUUGUGGCGAUCUUGAGUUUGGAGCAUAUGAGGAGCUGCCAGAGGAAUCACUAAUAUUUUCAUUUCUUCUUCUUCAGAUGCUUCUGCCCUGGUCUGUGC